AUGACAGAAACAGAGUAUCUUUUGAACGUAGCAUUCAAGCAGAUAAGGAACAGGCAGUUUGCUAGUAGUAAUAUAGUUCCAUUUAUGAAAAGUGUUCUUGAUAAUUUUUACAGUUCAGAAUACAGACAGGCCUCUCAUAGACUGAUAGCAGAAAUGAAAGACUUACGAUUUGUUGAAGUUUUAUUGCCCACACAGCUUGAAGCUCCUUGUAAUCUCUUUGAUCCUGAUGUAUUGAUUUUAAAACAGCUUUUUCUUGGUGAGUGCAAGUUUCCUGCUUCCAGCGAUUGGUCUCACUUAGGAAUUCUGAGACAGUGUGGCUUAAAAGCAUCAGUUGAUGCUAGGGAACUUUUUCAAAUUAUAUCAACUGUUAGAGUUACUUUGCGUAGGUACCAAAACAUAGUUUUUGCUGAUGAAAAUAGAUAUCUGAGAUUAAAAGCAGCUCUGAAAUAUUUGUUAGAUAACCCUAGCCUAUUAAAUGCCUACCUAAAUGCACGUGACACGUUAUUGACAGUGUUAAGAAAGCAAGCUGAACAGUUCUGCUGGCUACCAAUAGCAAGCAGCCCUCCAAGCCAAUAUCCUUCCUGUUUAGUGUGGAAGGGAUCACAGUAUCCUUCAUUCUUAGCCUCAUUUAGUAUAGCUAAUCCUCUCAUAUUGCUGUCACAAGAUCUUACUGCAGCACCAGGGCAACAUGUACCACACAGUUUAAUUGUUGGCUCAGAAGCUGUUUUUAUUGAGAGUGUUCCCAGAGAGCUAGCUCAGCAGUUUUGUUGCUCAGCAAAAAAUGUAGUUUCUGCUGUUAUCUCUCAUUUCAAACAUGUCAUUGAAAAUAAAGAUUCUAUACCUAAGAGCAUGCUAGAAAAAAUUUCAAUCAUGACAUAUGAGUUUUUACAAAAUAAUAUUCAAUAUUGUAAUCCAGCACAAUUUUCCUCAAGUAAAUGGUUAUGGAUCGAAAAUUUAUUGACAUUCAUUGAUUCAGGCCAAGCAGCUAUUGCAGCUAAUCCUUCAUUUUUAUUAAAUUUAGAACCUUUCAUUUUUGUUUUACCUCAAAAUUUGAGAGUGUUUUCUUCACUUUUUUCAAGAUGUGGUGUUCCCCACAAUGUAACAACUGAGCAGAUUCUUUCCGUUCUUCAAUCUGUCAGAGAUAGUUCUGAGCUCAAAGAAGAUGAAGCAUGGUCAAAAGUUAGAGCUGUAUUGGACUGGAUAGCAGAUAACACUGGUAGAGUGAGUAAAGCUAAUAUUCUAGUACCAGUCGAAAGCGACCUAUCAUAUCCUCAGUUAAUCCCUAUUGAUGAUGUAGCUUACACUGAUAAUGAAAUGUUACGUGGCAUUGCACGAACGUCAGAUGAAAAGUAUAAUCUUAUACAUCCUAAAGUGUCUUACCUGUCUUCUAAACUGGACCUUUCCCCACUCAGUGAUCAGCUUGAUAUUACUGAAGAUGUCUUUGAAGACGCUGGUCAACAUGAACCACUAACAACACGACUCAGCAAUAUAUUGAGAGAAUAUAAAGAUGGAUUAACUAUCAUAAAGGAGAUGAUACAAAAUGCUGAUGAUGCUGGGGCAACUGAAGUUAAUAUUUUACAUGAUACCCGCACUCAUUCAAGCCUUAAUCUAGUGUUAGAAGGAAUGGCUGAGAGCCAUGGGCCAGCAUUGAUAGUCCACAAUAACAGCACAUUCACAAAAGAGGACUUUGAAAACAUCACAAAACUCGCUGGUGCUACAAAAGCUAACCAACCAUUAAAGAUUGGAAAAUUUGGAGUUGGAUUUUGUUCUGUGUACCACAUCACUGAUGUACCUUCUUUUGUUAGUGGAGAAUGGCUUUACAUAUUUGAUCCUACAUUGAAACAUUUAAAAGGCGUGGUGCAAAAUGAGAACAGGCCUGGCAAAAAACUAAAGUUUCAAUCAAAAUUUCUUGCCAAAUCACAGCAAUUAGCUCCAUACCAGGGCUUGUUUGGUUUUGAUUCUUCAGCAUCUUACAAUGGUACUAUAUUUAGGCUACCAUUUAGAACACAUCCGAGUCAGAUUUCUUCCACUAUCUACAAUAAUCAUCUUAUUCAAAUGAUUAAAAAGGAUUUAGAGUCAAACGGUUCUAAAUUAUUGCUUUUCUUACAGAAUGUUAAGCGCAUCACAUUUAGCUCACGACAAGAAGAUAGGCCGAUCAUUAAACAUCUGUCCAUUGAGUGCAUUAACGAUGAAACUGAGAAUGUCAAAGUAUGUGUUACACAAUCGAGUACUAAAUCUACAGAGUAUUGGCUACUAUCAAAUCAAGAGCAACGGCUGAAAUCACAAGAUGGUGCCUAUAAGCAAGCAGUUGCAUCUGUAGCUUGCAAGUUAGUUAAGAAACAAUCUUCAUUUUUGUGUGAAGCAAUAGAAGGGAAUGCAUUUUGUUUUCUACCAUUAUCAGUUCCUGCUACUGGCUUACCUGUGCAUGUUACUGCUAACUUUGCUGUUAUGAGUAACAGAAGUGGCAUAUGGGCUGGAGCAUCAUCUGCAAUGGCUUCUGAUGAAAGGGAAUACUGGAAUAAACAACUAAUGACAACUAUCAUAGCUCAAGCAUAUUGCAAUUUGUUAAAAAGUUUGCAAGCAAUGCACUGCUUAGGAAGACUUUUAUCCUAUGAGUUUCACAUGCUAUGGCCACUGGCUUCCAACCUUCAGAUGAGGUUUCCAUGGGAAAGUUUAGUAUCUUCAUUAUAUCAUUUGGUAUCUCAAGAGGAAUUAUUUUUUUCGUCUUCAAUUUGUCAAUGGCUACAAAUAGACCAGUCUUACUUUCUUCCCUCUACAUUAUUUAAAGUUAUAUGUAGUAGUUCUACUGACAUCAUUAAAGCAGUUAAAAUAAUGAAGUUACCAGUAGUGUUCUUACCUCUUUCCCAUAAUAGCCAACUACAAAAAUUUGUAACUGUUAAUAUUUUAACUGAAGAAAAAUUUGCACAAUUAUUUCUACAAAAUAUAGAUUUAUUUUCUAAUAGCACUAAGACCAGGAAUGAAACUCUUUCAAUGAUGCUAUCAGCUAUUGGUUCAGCAAGCACCUCUAAAGAGCACAAAUUGUAA